UAAAUUUUAGAUUUAUUAAGAUAAUAUUAUAAUUAGGAUAUAAUUUAUAAAUAAAAUAGAUAAAAUGACCAAAAAUGCGCCCACCAGAAAACGUCCUUCGUUGCCAAUACCCGGACCGUCUAAAAAUCCUGGUCCUUCAACAACAACGGAAGCAGCUCAAGAUGCAGACAAACCAAAUAAACCUUGGAGGAAACGUUGCUGCCAGUUUUUCUAUAAUAGAGAAAAGAAAACGUUUUGCAGCCGUACAUGUAAAAGUUGGUUUUAUAUAAUAACAUAUUCAAUAAUAUACUUGAUAUUUUUGGCUACAUUCACAUUAAUAUUCUUAUACGGCACGUUAUCAUUGAUCAAACUCAUGGACACUUAUCAAACGAUUGAAAAGAUGGAGCUUCUUACAUAUUCAGCUAACGGUAUUGGAUUGACGGCGACUCCAACAUCUUUAAACGCAAUGCCACUGAUUUGGUACAGAAAUGACUCGAAAGAUUAUCAAAAAUACGUCAACAAUUUGGAGAGUUUACUCAGUAAGAGACGGAAAAGAGAUGUAAAUAAUAUCCCUGAUUUAGGACCGUGUAGCCAACCUCCUUUUGGUUAUGGAGAUAAACCUUGUGUGAUUAUAAGGAUAAACAAACAACUAAAAUGGUCAGCGAAACCUUGGAAUGCAAAUUCUACUAGAACAAAUAUUCCUAAGCAAGUACAGAAUUGGUUGAAGUUGGGAAAACAGAAACUUUGGCUGUAUUGUGAUGGUUACCAUUCCUAUGAUAAAGAGCACAUUGGUAAGAUCAGAUAUUACCCUGAUCCGCCUGGAUUUGAUCCUGAAUCAUUUCCUUUGGACAAAUAUAGCCAGUCACCGUUGAUAGCGAUACAAAUUUCUGAAUUCACAUUAGGUGUAUCAUUAGCUAUUCAGUGCAGUCUGUGGUAUGAAGGAGGUUUUUCAACAACAGAGUUUAUAUUAUAUGUGACGCCCAAGAGAAAGUGAUGGAUGUUAGAUAUUAUGAAAAGAUUAGAUAUUUUU